UACAUAAAAAUUUGCUCAAGGAUGCCUGAAGCCAUAACGUGGUACCUUAUUAUAGCUGUAGCUAUGGCAUUACUGGUCAUAGCUCAGAUAUAUCUAGUAGUGACCAAUAUAACUUUUGGGAGCACGGAGAACGAAACAAAGGAAUGCAUACAUAAGAUAUUAUCUAUCGAAGGUAAGAAUGCAAUCCAACUCAGACGUCAGAUACUGCAAAGAAGAGAGAGAAACUGCAUAGCAUGUUCUUGGGGAGUAUCCGGCACUGAUGCACAGUGCUUUUUUUGGCACGUACCGGAAACCAAAACCGCAACACAUGCAAAUAACCUAAAAACCGCUGCUAAGACAGAAAAAGUUAGCAAGUAA